AUGUUCCGACACUGGCUUGCACGUGAGCUUCAAGAUUGGCUUCAUACACCACCAGUUGUGUACUACUGUGUUGCCCUUACUUUUCACGCAUCUUCUGGGACGGAGCGUGACUGUAGCCAUGGCGUACCCAAAGGAAUGGGUAUAUCCAAAUCUUGGAUGCCACUUGCCCUCGAAGAGGAUGAAGUACCUGUAGAAGGGGACGUAUCGAAUACGCAGCCAAAGCGUGCGAGGCAGUGGAAAUGGGGGAGACGUGGGCACGAGCGUGGAACACGAGGCAUAGAGGAGAAACGAUUCAUUCUAUCGGCUGUGAUUCGCAUGCCGAUGGACGAAACAAAAAACUAUGUUCCUUCUGCGCAUGAUGAUGGGCUCUUUGUGGGGACGAUGAGAUUCAGCUCCUAA